GUGACCGAGGAUAGGAAGGGAGGGGGAAUAUAAAAUAGUUUUUAUAAACAACAAAUGAAUCAAAGUACGUAUCAUUAUACUUGAACAUGACUGAGUAUAAAAGUAAGUUUAGCAUUUUUGAUCAACAUCAACAAUUCGAUCAAUGCGAAAUGUAGAUGCUUUUAAUACAUUUAAUGGCGGAUCAAGUGAAUGGAACUAGUGCAAGAGUGAGAGAGACACACGUACAAUAUUUUUCUCUUAAGAAAGAAAACAUGUCCGCUGUCGGAGUUAGCGUCUAUGCCGAUCUUUUGUUUACGACGUCUACGAAACACUUAAUUGCAUCGGAAUAAAUUUCUGCAUUAUCUCGUGUUAAUUACAAUGAACUGCCAUAACAUAAACGUUCUCGGAUUUUUCGUGCUUUGAAUGAUGACGGAGCCGGAUCUUUGCCGGCUCUGUGCCGAGACCAAAGAAAACCUCAUCGGUAUUUAUGACGCCGAAGGACAAAAAUUAGCGAUAGAAGCUAAAAUCACUAAGUGUUUACAAAUUCAGGUACUAAUAACAGAUGAAUUACCGCUCUCAGUUUGUAUAGACUGUUGCGUAUCAUUAAAUCAGUGCUGCGAAUUUUUUGAAAAGACUAAUCAAGCUCAAACAUCAUUGAGACAAUUACUAAUAGAGCCCAAGUCUGAGCCAUCGACUUUAGAACCAAAUAUAGAUUUUAUUAAGAAAACUGUUGAGUUCCCAAAAGUAGAAGAGGUUGUUGAAACUAUCGAUGAAUGUCAACUAACAGAUAACUACAUUCAUAAUACUGCUGUAGAUAUUACAAAUACUUAUUUUAGUAAUGAAAAUGAAAAUGAAAAUGACAACGAUAAUGAAAAUGAAAAUGAUCAUGAUCAUGAUAAUGAUAAUGAUAACGAUAAUGAUUGCAAUCAAGAAAAAUAUGAGUCUAUGAAACAACAGAAAUGUAAAAUUCAAGUUAAAAAAGGUUUGCCCAAACAAACGAAGAAAAAGGUCAAGAAGAAAAGUCAAAUGCAAAGAAUGGAUGACUUGGAAUUAUGUUUAAAUUCUGAUAUAAAGAAAGGACAUAAUGAUAUUAAUAUUAAAUCUAAUAUUAAAGUUCCAGAUAAUUAUAUGACCGGAACGGAUUCUGACUUGGAAAUGAUAGAAUCUCGUGCAGCAGAACCACCAAAACCUGGACGCAAAAGAGGAGAAGGAUUAGAUAGAUAUCCUUGGCUAUGUACCGAUUGUAAUGACAAAUUACCAAGUUUAGAAGCAUUGGAAGAACAUCAUGAAACUGAACAUAAUCAACAAGCUAAAUAUAUGUGUGUACAAUGCUGCAAAGUGUACGACAAAUAUUAUGGUUUUCUUACCCACGUUAAAAGACACAAAACUAAAGCUAAAUUUAAUUGUGAGGAUUGUGGGAAAUCAUUUGUACAUAAAAAAGUUUUAGACUCGCACAGAGCAGUGCACAGUGAGGAACGUCCGUUUGUUUGUCAAACUUGUGGUAAAGCAUUUAGACAACAAAAUGGUUUAUACAUUCAUAGUAAAUGUCAUUUACCAGAUACUGUGAAAAAUCGUCACCCUUGUGAUCAAUGUGAUAAAAGGUUUUCUACUAAACCUAAUUUGGUCACACACAAACGCAUACAUUCUGGAGUUAGAAAUUUUACUUGCGAUCAAUGCGGUAAAAGUUUCGUACAAAAAGGAAAUUUAGAAGCUCACUUCUUAACUCAUUCCGCUGACAAGCCAUAUAGUUGUUCUCAAUGUCCUAAAGCAUUUAAAACACCUUUACAAUUGAAGAAACAUGAAACAGUUCAUACUGGGGCUAAACCACAUCAAUGUGCUGUUUGUGGUAGAACGUUUAGAGAAAAAGGUACUUUAAGGGAACAUCAUAGGAUACAUACAGGUGCAAUGCCCUUUACUUGUGAAUUCUGUGGUAAAUGUUUCCGGUUUAAAGGAAUUUUAACGACACAUAGACGACAGCAUACUGGUGAGCGACCAUACAGUUGUUUAGAAUGUCAACACCACUUCACAAAUUGGCCGAAUUAUAAUAAACAUAUGAAACGUAGACAUGGAAUUAAUACUUCUCAUACCAAGCAUUUAUCACAGUCUCAACAAUCGCAGCAGCAACAAUCGCAACAACAGGAACAACAACAACAACAGCAGCAACAACAACAACAUUCGAUUCAAGCUAAUACAGCAGAAGAUCCUCUUUCCAUGUCGCAAACAGAAUCAACAACUGUACAGGUAAUACAAACUGUACCACACGUAACUGCACCUCAACCGAUAGUCGUACAAGCUAUACCAACAACAGCAAUACAAACUUUUCAAGCAGAUGUAUCCGGCACAGUACAAGAUACUGUUUUUCGAGAAAGAAAUUCGGCAUAUUUCAAUGCGAUGCAAAAUAUUUUUCCCCAAAAUUUACCUUAUAACUUUUAUAAUAUUCCUAAUGUUACGGAAACCGAUCUAAUGCAGCAUAGAUAAAGUUAGUUUAAUUUAAUAAUUAAAAGAUAGACACAUACGAAUAGCUAUAUAUAUAUAUAGUUAUUCAGGUACAAGCCUUUUUUGUUAACUAAAUUAG